AUGACAGACUCUAUUCCUGCUAAUGGGGAAGGAAAGGACCCUGAAAUUGAGCUCUUUGUGAAGGCUGGUAUAGAUGGAGAAAGCAUUGGGAACUGCCCAUUCUCCCAGCGUCUCUUCAUGAUCCUGUGGCUCAAAGGAGUUGUGUUCAAUGUCACCACUGUUGACCUGAAAAGAAAGCCAGCUGACCUACACAAUCUGGCUCCUGGGACCCACCCACCUUUCUUGACUUUUAAUGGAGAAGUCAAGACAGAUGUUAACAAGAUUGAGGAAUUCUUGGAAGAGACUCUUGCACCUCCAAAAUACCCCAAGCUGGCUGCUAAGCACCGGGAAUCAAACACUGCUGGAAUCGAUAUCUUCUCCAAAUUUUCUGCAUACAUCAAAAAUACCAAGCAGCAGGAUAAUGCUGCCCUGGAAAGAGGCUUGGUGAAGGCUCUGAAGAAGCUGGAUGACUAUCUGAGAACACCUCUGCCAGAGGAGAUUGAUGCAGACAGCACUGGAGAGGAGAAAGUGUCUAAACGCAAGUUUCUGGAUGGAGAUGACCUGACUCUUGCUGACUGCAACCUUCUGCCCAAACUUCAUGUUGUCAAGAUUGUUGCAAAGAAAUACCGCAACUUUGAGUUCCCAACAGAGAUGACGGGGCUGUGGCGGUACCUGAAGAACGCGUAUGCCAGGGAUGAAUUCACCAACACCUGUGCAGCAGACAAAGAAAUUGAGCAAGCCUAUGCAGAUGUGGCCAAGCGACUCAGCAAGUCCUAACUGACCUCAGCAGUGGCUCAGUAUCCCCUUUUACAGACUCUUCUCCUUGUUGCCUUAAGAUAUAUUUCAUCAUUAUGCUGUCUGGUUGGCAUCCCUAUGACUUCACCUGUUCAAGUGUAUUGGUCAGGGACAAAUCUGCUUCUCCCUGGAGAAAACAGAAGGCAGCUCUAGCGUGGGGGGUGGAGACCCUUUGAAAUCUGAACCUAUGAUACAACUCAACUAGUAUUAUUCGCAAUCAGUAUUGGAAAUGAGUCUGCUUUACUGGUUUCUUGUUUCAUGUUGAGGGUAUAUCACCACCUGUAUUCUUCUGGGUUUUAAAAAUAGGAAAUUAGUUGAAUUUUCAAGUAAGAGAGUUAGGAACACAUAGAACUGGUUCUUCUGUAGGUUAUUUCUAGGAUGCUUUUUCCCCCAGUGCUGUUGAAAUCCUUGAGGC